AUUAUUAAAAAUCUAUCACUCGUUUUAUGAAAAAAAGUUUUCAGUGAUCAGCCAACAAUGUCACCACGAAAGCAUGAACAGUGUUUUAAUUUCGAUGCUGAGAUAUCGGAUAUUCAAAAAUGCCUUGUCGAAGGUCAUCGCACAAUUAUUUUAAUUCGCGGAGUUACGGGAUCCGGAAAAUCAACAUUAGCUCGAGAGUUGGUAAACCAUUCCGAAAACGGCGUUAUUGUGAAAAACGAUGUUUCCAAUAAUAUAACAAGAUCAGUGCGAAAAUUUAUCGAUGAAGAUAAACAUCUUAUCGUUGUAGACGAGGAGAACGUACAACGAUCAAGUGUUAAAAAAUUCGCAGAGUUAGCGGUUAAUGGCCACUACGAAAUUUUCGUGUUGGAGCCGGACACGGAUUGGAGACACGAUGCAAUUGAAUGCAAAAAAAGAAGCGAAAAAGAUGAAGAGAUCGGGUCUAUCGAGUCGAAAAUCAUGCAAUUAAAAGAAAAUCAACUCGGCUGGGAACAUUUAGUAAUUGGUGGAGAAGCUUCAGUAAAAAUUUCAAAUUUCCACAUCGAUACGGAGAUUACCAGUGUCCUGUGUAAAUCACCAAUCAGUUCAGUCAAUAAAGGAUCACUGACAGAAUCGACAACUUCAUCCACAUCCUCACUAUCUCAAAUAUUCUCAAUGACUCCUGAAAUCAAAGUUAAAUCAAUGAGAAGUGUCGGUACUCAAGUAGACGUUCAGUGUAUUACCUACGGACUGGCAGGCUUUGAUUCGGUAUUCAAACAUUGUGGUGUUUUUUCUGGUGAAGAACAUAAUGUUUCAAGUAUUUGGAAAGGACCAGUUCGUAUGGUUGAAAGAAAAACUGAAACGGAGAGUUUUGAGAUAUCUCAAUAUGGGGAAACUGUUUUCAAACCUUCUCUUCAACUUUUAGUCGGUACAUCUGACGAAAUCGCAUUUUCAUUGCUUCGUCACGUGUUCAGUAAAAUGGAUAUUAUAGAGCUUCGUCAUUAUCUUCAAGUUCUUGGAUUCGAGAAGACGUUCAAUUUGAUGUAUAAUCUCGGCGAAGAAUUCAUUGAAGGAGAAAUUCCAGUUGACGAACGAAUUCUUCUCGAUGAGAUUGAAGCUUUGGAGAGCUUCACUGUUUCAAAUAUGACUAUUGAAGAAGAAAUUGAAGCUAGAAGAGUUGAGAGACUUGCACUCAAGUUUGUGGAAGAAAUGUAUAAUCCCGAUACCGAGAAUGAUGAACAAAUCGCACUCCUCUUGCACUCUGAAAUGAACGACGAAAAUGGAGACAAUGAUUUGAUCGAAGAGGAUUAUUUCAACAUUGCAAAUCUAGAGGAAUCAUUUCCGGGUACUAAUAAAAAAGUAGUCCGUGAAGCGUAUAAUAUCGCUGGUAGAAAAGUGGACUUUACUCGUGAAAUUCUUUUGAGUAAUGGCGAAGUAGAGAAUACAUAUGCGGUGAAGUUGAAACCGAAACCGACAUGGAGUAAAAAAGUUGCGUCUUCACCGAGUCCACUUCGUCUUUCGUUGCCGAAAAAAUCGAAGAAAGAAGAGGAAAAUCAUUUCCUAAAGAAAAGAAGUGGAAGACAUUCCCAAUUGGAAGAAAUCCAAUUGCUUGCCAUUAGAACUCGACAGAAAAUCGAAGCAGAUCGCAUCACAUCUUCUAAUUCGAUGGCUGCUGCGAAAUAUCGCCAAUUGAUAAUUGUCGAUCGAGCGUCACGAAUGAAAAUUGAAAAAUCAUCGGAAGUGAAAGAACUUGAUCGGAAAAUUCGAGAAGCCCACAACAAUCCAUGGUUUCUUGAUUUACAUUACAUGUCAGUUGAUGGAGCAGUUAAACUUGUGAAAGAAGCGAUUGAAGCAGUCAAAUAUCAUUUGAAAGCUGCUAGAAACCUUGAUAGACGAAUCACUGUGGUAACUGGAUCUGGUAAUAAUUCGAAAUGUGGAGCCAAGAUUAAACCUCAAGUUUUGGCAAUGCUGCAGCACAAUGAUUAUAAUUAUGAACUCGUGAAUGAUGGAUGUAUAAGAUUCAAAGUCUAGCAUACCGUAUUCUCUCAAAUAUCUCUGCUUUUCUUUGCGCUGUAUUUUUUGAAAUGCACUCAAGAAAGUUAAAAGUUGAAUUUGUAAUAAGUUACGGUGGUUUCUUAUGCCUCUGCAGUAGGUAUUGAGAGAAUACGGUAUCUAUCACAAUGCCCCUCAAGAAACCAUCCAAAUAAUGUAUUUUCUUUCCAAUAUUUCCUCACCAUUUCCCCCAUUCCAUGACUUUACCCUUCACCGAUCUCAAUUUUUUUUCAAAUUUCCGCGUUGAAAUUUGCGUUUUAAAUUUUUCUUUUAUGUAUUUCUCCCAUUAUAUCCUACCUCUUUCAAUAUCCCACAGCCAUUCAGGUUAAUUUUAUACUCGGUUUCUUUUUUCUUCUCACUGCUGUGAUCAUUUGCGAUCUACUUGUUCCCACCAGAUGCCUUUUUCGUGUACUUUUCCUGUUUUAAUCAAUUAUGAUAAUAAUAAUAUAAAACUUUCUUUUAUUGAAAU